GCAGACUGGUAAUGCGUACUUGCGAUUUGCUUUUCUAGCUCUUUCCAUCAACUUUCAAGCUUCCCAAAGCCUUCUACUUCAUGGUUAUGGAUGCCAAACGGAGGGAGUGAUUGGUUCCGUUGUGUCUCCUCGAAGAUAAUGUUAACAAAUUUCGAUAGAUGUCAACAUUGUUUUGAACGAUGAAUUAUGCAUAUUCGGGCUAAAGUUUACCCCCGAACAGGAAAUAGAGAAUUUUCUAUUUUUGAAAGAAUGGAUUUGAUAAAUGAAUUAAAGUAAUAGACUCAUUGGGAAAUGGAAAAUUCUGACAUUGCUCCAGAGUCGUCCGGAGAGAAUCCAAAUAGAACCUCUAACGGGAGACAUCCAGAAUUGCAUCAGAAAGAAGAAUCGCCAGUUGGUUCCCAAACUGAAGCGACAAGGGAACAAGAGAUAACAAAUAUUCCCCACAAGAACAGAUCUAAGAAGGAAAAAAAGGAGGAGAGUGGAACAUCAAAUGAAAAUCAAAGAAGUCCAGAGGAUUUGCUAAAGAUAAUAAAAGAACUGGAGUCUAAACAUUUUGUUGUGCAACAUGAUAAAAUGAAGCAACCAAAUAAGGAUGCAGAAGGUCCCUUUUACUGUGAGCUUUGUGAACUAAAAUUGGCAGAUUUGAAAAGAUGUCAAGAACAUGUGAGAACCAAGGGUCACAGGAGAGCAAACAGGACCAAAGGAGAGUCUUUGUCGCUCACACGGAUUACCCCACCUUCCAAAAAUCAAACCUUAGCUCUGAGCAAGCUUCUUGACUCUGUUUUCUUGGAUCAUGGAUUAUCCCCUGAAAAAGAUCUACCUUUGAGGGGCAAGGUAGCAAAAGAUGUCCAUAAGGUUGUGUGCACCAAGUUUCCAGAAUGUGCAGUGUUCCUUUAUGGAUCUUCCUCCACUGGAUUUGGUCUGAAGGACAGUGAUGUUAACCUUGAUCUUGUCAUUCCAGAUGAGCUCAAUGUGCCUCAUGUUCUCCUGUCAAUUUUGGAGCUACUUCAAAAAGAUGACAAGUACUGCGAUGUAAAAAGUGAAUUUGAUGCAAAGGUACCCAGGAUAUUAUUCAAACAUCUUUCAAGUGGACUUCUUUGUGAACUCAGCCCUGGAAAUAUAACUGCUUUCAAGACUAGCUGCUUGUUAAAGAAGUAUUGUGAUGCUGAUCCUCGCGUCAACAAGUUGGUUGUGGGCCUGCGUUACUGGGCAAGGAUUUGCAGCAUUGAUUGUCAAUCAGAGGGUGGUUUACCUGGUUACUCUUUUGCUCUGAUGGUCAUUCAGUUCCUUCAAGUGGCAAAGCCUCCAGUUCUUCCCAGAUGGGUACCACAUGAGGCAAUUGACAAAGACAACCCAAAAGCUACUGAAAAUUUUGCUAGUGAGAAUAAAGAACAGAUUGGAACAUUGUGGUAUCAGCUUUUUAAGUUUUACUGUAUUGAUUUCGACCCUCCAAAUCUGGUGAUUUCCAUCAAAGAUCCAAUGCCUGUUAAAAGAGAAGAUAGAAGGUGGGGUCAUCGUCGACUAGCAAUGGAAGAUCCUUUUUCUACCAAGCGAAACGUUGCUUCCUCAUUAAGUAGCGACAAAGCAUACGACCACUUCUUUACGUGCUGGAAGAACAGCUUUAAGUAUUUUGCAUCCUCGUCACAAAGUGAGAUACUAAAGACAAGUUCUAAACCAUCUCACAAGGCGAAUGACGGUAAAUCAGUGAAAAGUAAGAAGCAGGAGAGCAAGGAGGUUACUGAUGACGAGGGUAUUUUUCAAUUGGAUGACUUGGAUCCUCUGACCAAACAGAUGCACUCUCUGGAUGUUUCUAGGAACGACUGUGAAGAUGGUGGUUUGUCUCAAAGACAAACUAAAACGAAUGGUGCUAGCUUGAAAAGCAAGGAUCAAAUUGAGACAGAAAUUGAAGUUGAAGUAAGUUUGAGUGGAUCUGAAGAGGAAGAACACAGAGACUCCAAAACUGACUCAAAGGAGCAAGCGUGUAGGUCUUCAGGAAAAACCAGCGACGUGGGUGUUACUCAGCUGAAGGUUGUUUAUAGAUUUGAUGCUAAAGUUUUCCAAGGAAACAGUAAACCAGUUAAAACCUGUUGCUUUUGCAAAGAGGAUGGUCACGUGAAGGAUCAGUGCCCAGAUUUGCGGAAGCCGCCUCUGAUAGUACUGCCGCCAAUGACGCCAACGUUUGCUCAAGUGCUAGAUUUUGUCUGCCUGACUUGUAGACGCGAUUUUGAAUUUGAAAAAUCAGAAGUUUCAUACCGAGAGAAGGUGUUGAGGAAUCUGGAACAGUACAUCCGUGAGCAGUAUCCAGGCGCACGACUGUUUCUCUUUGGUUCCUCCAAAAAUGGCUUUGGGUUUCGUAAUAGUGACAUUGAUAUUUGCAUGACGCUGGAAAACCGUGUCAAAGAAGAAUUGGAUUGUGUGGAGAUCAUCACUAACCUUGCAAGGCUUCUCAAGAAACACAAAGACUGUAACAAUGUACUGCCUAUCACCACAGCAAAGGUUCCCAUUGUGAAGUUCUUCCUUCGCAGUUGUAAGCGUGAGGCUGAUAUAAGCUUAUAUAACACACUUGCAUUGGAGAACACAAAGAUGCUUGCUACCUACGCUAAGCUGGAUGAUCGUGUUGCUACUCUUGGCUAUGCUGUAAAGGUAUUUGCCAAGGUGUGUGACAUCGGAGACGCUUCAAAGGGCAGCCUGUCAUCCUACGCCUAUAUACUCAUGCUUCUUCAUUAUCUGCAACAGUGCAAUCCUCCAGUCAUUCCAGUGCUACAGGCCUUGCACAAGGGUGACAAACCGCCCGAGAAGUUCAUUGAUGGCUGGAAUUGCUGGUUUCUGAGUGACGAGAAGAAAAUUGGAAGUGCCUGGAAUCCAAAGGAGAGGAACAAUUUCAGUGUGGGUGUCCUGUGGUAUGGCUUUCUAAGAUAUUAUACUGAAGAAUUUGACUUCGAACACGACGUGGUUUGUUGCAGAAGAACAAAAAAGCUGACCAAAUUUGAAAAAAUGUGGACCAAACACGUGUUCGCAAUUGAGGACCCUUUCAAUCUGGACCACAACUUGGGUGCGGGCGUGACAAAGAAGAUGGCCAACUAUAUCCUGACCACCUUUAUCAGAGGACGUGAACGCUUUGGAAUUCCACGAUAUGAUAUACCCAGAGAUUUUAUUCAGCGGUACUUCUUUGAUGUUUACUUUCUUACAGAUGGCUUUGAAGCUCCAAGUGACAGGAAUUGCCGCGUUUGUAAUAAAAUAGGCCAUAUUGCAAGAGAUUGCCCUCUUUCUAAGGUCAAUCGACGUGCAGAGCAAAGGAAGGAAGAGGAAGAAAGGAAAUUGGGUAAAGAAGCUGGCGAAAAAAUAGGCGUGAAACAGAAGCCUUUUAGCGCAGGACCUUCACGUCCAAGAUCUACUUCUGCGCCAAGCAAACAGGGACAAAACAAGAAUGUUGACGAUAGUAUUCGUCUGUCAACAGCACUGUCUCAACAAGGUGCUAAUGCUUCGGAUGUAACAUCUCUCUCAAAAUCUCAACCAAAUUCACAAGAUCUUUCGUCUCCUCCAGAGGGGAGAGGGGAGGGGAGAGAGGUCGCAGAUAAGCAAUCCGAGAUUCCAAAUAUGAAAGCACGUGACCAGACCUCUCUGCAGGGCUCGCCCAGUGCGCAUUCAGCCUGUGGUACUCAAGAGACUUUGGUGGAGUCAAAAGAAAACAUAUCUCAACCCAUACCGGCAGGCUACGUCUCUGAUGUUAAGAAUGAGAAAGGUAACGAAGGUAGAAAUGUAAAUGACUCGGAGGGCAUCAUCCCAGCUGCGGUUUUACCAGGUUCAAAGGAAGAGGAUUUUACUAAGGCAUCUGCAACGCCACGAGUGCAGACUUCUUCAUCAGUGCAAUCCAGUCACUCUGGAGAAAUGGAACCUCCUCCCGGCUUCCACGGCACCGGCAGGAUGUCUCAGGUGUCCGAUGAAGGAUCUCCACAAUUGUUACCUGAUGGUCUCCCACAGUCCCCUCCUGUAAAUGCUCCAUCACCUAAUAUCUUACAAGGUCAGCCUAUCGUUAUGGGUACUCCACCACGGCAUCCAAUAGGCAUGCUCCACCCCCAAAUUGCUCCGUUUGUAUUUUCUCCCAGUCAACAUGACAUGUGGCUGAGGCAACAUGGUGGAAUCAUGCAAAUUCCCCAUAGUCCACCUGUGAGGCCACUUGUUCCUUAUCCUUUGUCACCCGAAGUUCAAGGUGUUCAACAACCAACGCAGCAGUGGAGUGGUCCUGUAGAAAACUUUCCAAUGGAUCAUCCCGGCUCCCCUUUUCGGGGAUUCCAUCGUCUUUGUGAGCACAACCAACGAUUACUUGCACAGAGCCCUCCAAUUAUUUCAAGAACUGUUAAUAGGCCAUUGGGACCAAACAGCCCUCCCCUUAAUGCGACCAGUUAUGAAGAUCCAGCUAUGGUAGAAGGGCAGCAGUUCGCCUCGCCUCCAGUAAGACAUCCUGCUUUCCCAGAAGGCAUUUCUCCCAGUAUCACUCCACAGCAGGCCCAGUUUCCUCCUGGUAUCCCUCUACAACACGCCCAAUUUCUGCCCAGCACUCAUCCACAGCAAACCCAUUUUCCUGUUGGUUCUCCUACACAGCAGACUCAAUUUAUUCCUGGUAAUCAUCCACAGCGACCCCCCUUCCCCGUGGGUUCUCCUCCACAACAGACUCGAUUGCUUCCCAGCACUCCUCCUCAGCAAACUCCCUUUCCGGUUGGUUCUAAUCCACAGCACACCCAAUUUCAUCAUGGUGUUUCUCCACGGCCCCCUUUUACUCCACCACAGAGUAUACCACAGCCGCAAGGAAACAGUUUACAGCAUGCCAUCGGAACACACAUGACAGGAGAACAGUUCAUCGGCCUCUUCCGGGCCGCUGAAGUAGAGGAAAAGAAGGAAGACAUUCUCCCCACGAAUCCCCCUGCAAAUGAUGAGUUUCAGUCUAAGGAACUACAUAUUGCUCCAAAGAAUUUGAAAGCCGCCAAUACCCCAGAAGAACAUAAGUUGCUAUCCGAUCUGAACAAAGUGAAGAGCCUAUGGGAAGGCAAUGCUGCAGCUGAAUUGCAAAGCAGUAGCCCUGGUCCAGAAAUAGUCAAGGAAUUGAAUCCCAAUGGGCAUACUGAAGUUCAAGAUUCAAAUGAUGCGGUUCCUCCUCUCCAAGACACCGAGGCAAUGAUAAAAGACGAAAUAUGUUCAACUGUUAACGAGAACUCGAUUAAAAAAGAGGAUGAAGGAAUGACAGUGGAUGUAGUCAAAACUAAGGAAAGCGUUUUGGAAAAGCGAUUUGUACCGGCUCCCUCGACUCAAGGACAUGAUGUAGUGGUUUCGAGAAAGGUGAACAUGGAGGAACAAGAUUCAUCUACCUGUGAGGUGACUUUGAAAGAUAAAUCGGAGGCAAAUACGCCUGUAGUAGACAAUGGAGAGCGAAAGAGAGCUGAGGAACAAGAACAGAACAUUGCAGCUUCGGCUGCGCUAGAAGAAGCUCCCAGAAAAAAGAACAAAAAGCGGGGCGGUCGUGGAAGGAAGGCUAAGACACCAAGACAAAACGAAGCUACAGAGAGUUCUCCAAACAAGCAAGAGAAAACCGUAGAUGAUGGCACAAAAGAAACAAAGAAUACUCAAGGGCAAAAUCAACGCCAGAAAAAUCGCGUCGAAUCCAAAGUUGACGCUUCAAAGGCUCCUCCUUCAUCUUCACCCAAAAGGCCUGGACCUGAACGCUCCGAAGAAAAACCGAAUGAAUGCUCUAGAGAAAGUCCUGGCCAUGGUGCCGAGUCAAAUAAAAGUUCUACCCCCAAAAGGCCAGGAUCUGAACGCUCCAAAGUAAAACCGACUGACUCUUCAAGAGACACUUCACGCCGAGGUGCCGAUUCAAAUCAAAUUUCGACGCCUAAAAAGCCUAGAUCUGAACGCUCCGAAGAAAAACCGACUCAAUCUUCAAAAGACCCUUCUCCCCGUGGUGCUGAGUCAAAUCAAAUUUCGACGCCUAAAAAGCCCAGAUCUGAACGCUCUGAAGAAAAUCCGACUCAAUCUUCAAAGGACCCUUCUCCCCGUGCUGCUGAGUCAAAUAAAAGUUCUACACCCAAAAAGCCUGGAUCUGAGCGCUCCGAAGUGAAACCGAGUGAAUCUUUAAAGAACAGCCCUCGUCAGGGUGCCGAGUCAAAUAAAAGUUCUGCAUCCAAGAAGUCUGGACCUGAGUGCUCCGAAUCGAAACCUUCUGAAUCUUCAAAAGACACUUAUCGCCAUGGUGCUGAGUCAAAUCAAAUGUCCACGUCUAAAAAACCUAGAUCUGAACGCUCCGAAGAAAAACCGAGUGCAUCCUCUAGGGAUGGUUCUCGCCGUGGUGCCGAGUCCACACCAGGUAAGAAUAAACUCAAAGAGUCACCUACAAGCAAGAAAGACCCUGAAAAGAGAGCACCACAGGAAACCAAUCAAGAACGUGGUAAGAGUGCAAGAGCAGAAAAGGCUACUAGUCCCCCCGAGGAUUCUAACAAAGUUAAACCUACAAAUCAGAGACGGAGAAGACCAAGAUCCCAGUCCAAAAGGGGCGGACAGAACGAAGGGAAAUAAGAGCAGGAUACAAGACACCGAAACAACAGCACGCCCGUGAAACGCCAAUCUCUGAAAUCGUAAAUUAUGGACACGUGUAGCGUGUUAAGGGUAUAGCACCGAGCCAAGGUGACAAAGAUUUUUUAGAGAAAGUGAAGUAUUUUCUUAGCGAGAUGCAGGUGGUAGAAAAUGGGUACUUGAUUUUAUAGAGCAGCAAACCUGUGUGUGACCUAUUCUUGAGCUUCUUGUGCUCCUUUAUCCCUUAAAACCACAAUAUUAUUCUGUUCUCUUUACAAUUCUUUUGAUACUGACGUGGAGAAUAUGUUUAACAGUCGGGAUAGCUUCUUACAUUGGUGAUCAUUUCCUUUAUUCUCACGUUCUUUACAUUUGAUUCAAGGGUGAUAUUGUAAGGAGAAAUUAGAAACCAGUCACUCUGAGGAGUUAUAGGGUUAAGUGCAUGCUAUCGCGUUUUCUUUGUACUCCUUUCGUAGCAGACAUACAAUAACUCAUUGUUGAUCACUCAACAAUGUUCUAGUAAUAGAACGCUGAUGAUAGUUCAUGACUUUUAAAAAUUUUGUCUUACAGAAGCGAUGGUAGAACUGAUUUCUUUUUUUGUUGUUAACUAAAGCACUCGACUUUUUUCCUAGUUUGAUUCAACAAAGUAAUGGCACUCACGAAUUUGCAGAUUCUAGUUUUGUUCUUAGUUAUUGAAAAGUUCCUUGUGUUAACUCGUGAAAAGCUUAGCUCUGGUGACAAAUAACUGAACAUUUUCACACGUUAUGUUUUAUCUUGCAAGAAGUAGGGUUUUAUUAAACGACGAUUACAGCGGUCUGCCGCCGGCCUAUAAGAACUCUUAUUGUCGUCUG